AUGACGCCUGAAUACUUAGCCAAGUACAAGCUAGCUAUCCAGAGGAUGAAGGAUCUCGACACCACGGACCCUGACGAUCCCCGUGGGUUCGCACAGCAAGCCAACGUCCACUGCGCUUACUGCAAUGGCCCCUAUGAUCAAGUCAGCUUCCCGACCCUGGAUAUUCUUCCCUUUCAAGAGAUGGAGUGGUACCUGUAUUUCUUCGGGAGGAUCUGCGGUGAACUCAUCGGAGAUCCCACCUUCGCCCUGCCUUACUGGAACUGGGACCACCCCGAUGGCAUGUACAUGCCCAAACCCUUCACCGAGCCCUACUCGCCCCUCUAUGACUACAAUGAUGGAGAGAGUGUCAAAACUAAUCUUAACCAAAUGCAACAGGAAAUGAUUGUUCAAUCUGACAACGACGCCCUCACCUUCAUGGGCACCCCGUACAGGGCCGUAGAUCCACCACACGGAGUUCCCGAUGGCAGGCCAACCGAGGGCGGUUCCUACAUUGGCAUCCAUGUCUGGACUGGAAACCCCAAGAAUCCUUACAACGAAAACAUGGGGAACUUCUACUCUUCAGCAUGGGACCCCAUUUUCUACUGCCAACACGCAAACAUCGACCACUACAAAAAAACGCACAAUAGUGACGAAAUUAGUAACCAUCAGAUGCCCAAUAAAUCAAAAGAAAAUUUACUUUGCGCAACGACAAGAGGCGGUGCGCAAGAAUGUGGAACGAGCAUUUGGUGUGCUCCAGUCUCGAUGGGCCGCGGUGAAGGGUCCAACACACCUGUGGUAUGCUGA